AUGCAGUCCGAGAACGCAAGCACGGUGGUACCCGACGGCCCACAGUCCAGCUCCGACGCAUCGGACAAUACACAGGACGAAAAGACAUGGGCACUCGAGUGGAAGGUCAGGCAGAAACGUGAAAGGGAAGAAAGAUCUGGCAUACCUGCCAGACAGCUAGGUGUCACCUGGGAGAACCUCACGGUCAAGGCCGUGGCCAAUGACGCGGCAAUUCACGAAAAUGUUGCAACUCAAUUCAAUCUGCCUCGGGUUCUGCGCGAUGCCAGACACAAGCCUCCCAUGAAAACAAUCCUCGAUAACAGCCAUGGAUGCGUAAAGCCUGGAGAGAUGCUCCUUGUGCUUGGCCGCCCUGGAUCCGGUUGCACAACCCUGCUCAGCGUCCUGGCCAAUCGGCGUCGGGGUUAUGCGUCUGUUGAGGGCGACGUCUUCUACGGAAGCAUGAAAGCCAGCCAGUCCAAAAACUACCGAGGCCAAGUUGUCAUGAAUACUGAAGAGGAGCUGUUCUUUCCGACCUUGACUGUCGGCCAAACUAUGGACUUUGCAUCGCGACUCAAAGUCCCUUUUAAGCUCCCAGAUGGGUACUCUUCGAAAGAAGAAGUAAGGCAAGAAAACAUGGAGUUUCUGUUGGAAUCCAUGAACAUUACCCAUACACAUGGCACAAAGGUGGGAGAUGCCUUUGUGCGUGGCGUCUCUGGUGGUGAGCGCAAACGGGUCAGCAUCAUCGAGUGCAUGGCAGCUCAAGGAUCAAUCUUCUUCUGGGACAAUAGCACUCGAGGCUUGGAUGCCAGCACGGCUUUAGAGUGGACGAAGGCCAUCCGAGCAAUGACUGACGUUCUCGGACUGUCCACCGUCGUUACCCUGUACCAGGCCGGCAAUGGCAUCUACAACCUUUUUGACAAGGUCCUACUUCUAGACGGCGGCAGAGAGGUGUUCUAUGGUCCCAGGGAAGAAGCGCGGCCUUUCAUGGAAAGGCUCGGCUUUGUUUGCCGCGAAGGGGCCAACGUCGCGGAUUUCCUCACCGGCGUGACGGUGCCGACAGAACGAAAGAUCAAGCCAGGGCAUGAGAGAACAUUCCCCCGUCAUGCCGCGGCGCUGCGAGACGAAUACGAAAAGACGGACAUGCAUACCCAGAUGAUCUCUGAAUACCACUAUCCGACGACAGAUGAAGCCAGGGACAACACGAAGGCCUUUAGCGAAGCAAUUUCUUCUGAGAAGCAUCCUCGCCUGCCUUCGUCAAGCCCCUUCACAGUUGAUCUCAAGACCCAGAUCAAAGCUUGUGUUACUCGACAGUACCAGAUCAUCUGGGGUGAUAAAGCCACGUUCGUGAUCAAGCAGGUUGCCACCAUCGUCCAAGCUCUGAUCGCGGGUUCGCUUUUCUACAACGCCCCAAACAAUUCCGGGGGCUUGUUUUCCAAAAGCGGCGCCCUCUUUUUCGCACUACUGUACAACAGUCUCCUGUCGAUGAGUGAAGUGACCGAUUCGUUCCGUGGACGACCUGUCCUUCUGAAGCACAAGGCUCUGGCAUACUAUCAUCCGGCCGCUUUCUGCUUUGCGCAGAUCACUGCAGAUAUCCCUAUUCUCCUCUUUCAGAUCAGUUCCUUCUCGCUUAUAUUGUAUUUCAUGGUUGGCCUCACUACGAGUGCCUCGGCAUUCUUUACCUUCUGGGCUAUGUUGUUAGCCACAACGAUGUGUAUGACCGCAUUGAUGCGGGCUAUCGGUGCAGCAUUCGGCACUUUUGACGCCGCAUCAAAAGUGUCGGGCCUGCUCAUCAGCGCUGUCGUCAUGUACAGCGGCUACAUGAUCCAGAAGCCGCAGAUGCACCCUUGGUUCGUCUGGCUUUUCUGGAUCAAUCCCCUGGCCUACGCAUUCGAUGCCUUGCUGGCGAACGAGUUUCAUGGCAAGACCAUCCCAUGUGUCGGCGGCAACCUCAUUCCGAACGGCCCUGGCUACACCGAUUCUGCCGCCCAAUCUUGCGCUGGUGUUCUUGGGGCAAUCCAAGGCCAGACUUCUGUUGAUGGCGACAACUACCUCUCGGCUCUUCGAUAUAGCCAUGAUCAUAUUUGGAGGAACUUUGGCAUCAUCUGGGCUUGGUGGGCCUUCUUCGUCGUUAUCGUUGUGGUCUGUACUUCUAGGUGGCGAUCAUCCUCCGAAUCCGGACCCUCGCUACUUAUCCCCCGCGAGAAGGCCAAGGUUGCCGGACAUAUCCUUCGGAGUGACGAAGAGGCGCAAGUUGGGGACGAAACAGCUGUAUCGAGCAGCGAAGAGCAGCAGAGAGAGAAGAACGGCUUGCGGUCCGAGGGAGGACUUCUGCAAAACACGUCCAUUUUCACGUGGAAGAAUUUGUCUUAUACGGUGAAAACGCCUUCUGGAGACCGUCAAUUGUUGAAUGAUGUGCAAGGAUGGGUCAAGCCAGGCAUGCUCGGUGCCCUGAUGGGAGCUUCCGGUGCCGGCAAGACCACACUGCUCGACGUCCUUGCUCAGCGAAAGACCGAAGGAACUAUCCGCGGAUCGAUCAUGGUUGAUGGCCGACCUCUUCCGGUUGCCUUCCAGCGUUCGGCUGGCUACUGCGAGCAACUUGACGUGCAUGAGCCUUUUUCAACAGUGCGCGAGGCGUUGGAGUUCUCGGCUCUCCUGCGUCAAAGCCGGAGUGUACCACGUGAAGAGAAGCUGCGCUAUGUUGACACCAUUAUUGACCUCCUGGAACUACACGACCUUGCGGACACGCUCAUUGGCCAGGUUGGUGCUGGCUUGAGUGUAGAGCAGCGCAAGAGAGUCACAAUCGGCGUUGAACUGGUCGCCAAACCAAGCAUCUUGAUCUUCCUGGACGAGCCCACCUCUGGCCUGGAUGGCCAGUCGGCGUUCAAUACGGUUCGAUUCCUGAGGAAGCUUGCGGAGGCAGGCCAAGCGGUACUUGUGACGAUCCACCAACCGUCAGCUCAGCUGUUCGCCGAGUUUGACACGCUGUUGCUUUUGGCCAAGGGUGGUAGGACUGUGUACUUUGGAGACAUUGGCGAGAAUGCGAAGACGGUCAAGGACUACUUUGGAAGAUACGGCGCGCCAUGCCCCAUGGAGACGAACCCGGCGGAGCACAUGAUUGAUGUUGUCUCUGGCCAUCUUUCCCAAGGCAAGGACUGGGCAGAGGUUUGGCUCAGCUCGCCGGAGUACGACGCAGUCACCAAGGAGUUGCACUCCCUCAUUGCCGAUGCGGCCUCGAAAGCUCCCGCAUCGCACGCGGACGAUGGCUUUGAGUUUGCUAUGCCGUUGUGGGAUCAAGUCAAGAUCGUGACCCAGCGCAUGAACAUGUCCUUGUUCCGCAAUACCGACUACAUCAACAACAAGUUCGCUUUGCACAUCUUUUCUGCGCUGUUCAACGGCUUCUCCUUCUGGAUGAUUGGCGACUCGGUGUCGGAUCUUCAGCUCCGGCUCUUCACCAUCUUCAACUUCAUCUUCGUCGCACCUGGUGUGAUCGCCCAGCUGCAGCCCCUAUUCAUCGAACGGCGGGAUAUCUUCGAAACCCGCGAGAAGAAGUCCAAGAUGUACUCUUGGGUUGCAUUCGUUACCGGCCUCAUUGUAUCCGAGAUCCCGUAUCUCUGCAUCUGCGCCGUAUUAUAUUAUGUGUGCUGGUACUACACAGUUGGUUUCCCGAGCAACUCGCAUCGUGCAGGAGGUACGUUCUUCGUGAUGUGGCUCUAUGAAUUUCUCUACACGGGAAUCGGGCAGGCAAUCGCAGCCUACGCGCCGAACGAGGUCUUCGCGUCGCUCAUCAACCCUCUUGCUAUCGGUAUUCUGAUAUCUUUCUGUGGUGUCCUCGUCCCGUACUCCCAGAUCCAGGUCUUCUGGCGGUACUGGCUCUACUACCUGAACCCGUAUAACUAUCUUAUGGGGAGCAUGCUCGUAUUCGACUUGUGGGGGACCGAUGUGACCUGCAAAAACCAUGAGUUCGCGCUGUUCGACCCUCCCAACAGCACUACCUGCGGGGAAUACCUGUCUGGAUACAUGGAGGGCAUGGGGGCUGGUUCUCGGCUCGUCAACCCGGAGGCCCUCUCCAGUUGCCGAGUCUGCCCUUACCGCGAUGGAAGCGACUAUCUUCGAACUCUCAACCUGCUGGAGUACUCGUACGGCUGGCGAGAUGCUGGGAUCCUUGCACUCUUCGUGGCCAGCUCGUACGCCAUGGUCUAUGGCCUGAUGAAGCUCCGUACCAAGGCCUCCAAGACGGCCGAGAGCUAA